UUAACGCCGGGGAAGAAGAAGAAGAAGAAGAAGAAGAAGAAGAAAUUGGAAGUCUAGAGAGAGAGAGAUUCUCCGUUUCUCUCUCUAGAAUCUCCUCCGACACAAGCUAACUAAACCCGCACAGCAAAUCCGAAACCCUAACCCUAACCUCCACUCUCUCUCCCUCUCCCCGACAAGGCAAUGCGUGUUCCACUCCCCAAAGAAUCCUUCUGCUCGCCCUCCCUUUUGGGCAGAGGCGUUAUAAAGAACCCAAGCCAUGGACAUUGAUGCUCGCAAUCAGGUUGACCCGAUCAAAUCCGAUUCCCCGGGGAUUCAGAGCUGAUGCUGGAGCUCAACAAUGUCGAGGAUCGAGAGCCGUGUCAGGAUCGAGGACGAUGGACACGGUGUCUUGGUUAGGCCUCAUCGGAAGUCGUCCUCCCUGCUGUCAUUCUCGCCGCAGUUGAUGAUCGAGGGACUCUCGAGGACGAGCUUCUCAUAUCACAAGCUCCCUCCGGAGCCUAUCAAGCUUUCCGUCCUCAAGUUGGACGGCUCUAGCUUCGAUGUUCGUGUUAUGGGAACGGCAACUGUCAGGGAGCUCAAAGAGGCAGUUGAGAGUGCUUUCAGUCACAUGCCUAAGAAGGGACCCGGAAAGAUAUCAUGGCGGCAUGUUUGGGGUCAUUUCUGUUUGUGCUAUGAUGGCCAGAAGCUACUCACAGAGACUGACCACAUCAUCAACUAUGGCAUUAAGGACGGUGAUCAGCUCCAUGUCAUUCGGCACAUCUCAAGUAAUUAUACCAUGGAAAAGAAGCAAUCGAGUAAAAGAAAUUCCUCUUUAAAACAGCGAAGGAAGUCCGCGUCGAGAUCGAGCAGUGAUGAAGGGGUCGAAGUGAAUUAUAACAAGGCAGAUGAAGAUGAUGAUGGUUACCUGGAGAAAGGAAACAUCAAAGAUUUCAAGAAGCACGAGGAUUCCAUUGGACACCGGGAGCUCAGGCCUGCACGGUUACAGAGAGGAUGGCACUUCCAAUACUCACAACUGUCCACCCUGGAAGGUAGGAGAGCCUGGGACAAGGAUCGGCCUCGGAGAUGUCCGCAAGCCUUUUGGCAUAAAUUUUGGAAGAUUAUGAUGUUUUUCGGUGAGAAAGCUUGUACUUGAAUCGAUCAAAUGGGAGAAGAGAGGAAGAAACCGUCAGAUCGAGUUGAUAUCAGGACUUGUAACAUGGUCUGGAAGAUCCAAUGACGCACAAGUUGCUGUUUCCAUUAUUAUAUAAUUUCAAGAACAAAAUGGAUCUGAGCGCUUUCUUAUCACAAUAGAUAAGACUAUAAAGAACAAGAAAUUUUGAUUGGAAAAAACGAAUGAAGAAAUCAUUCUUGAGAGCAUUUGAUGGCAGCAAA